AUGCUGCCUUGGCGGCAUCGUAGCAGGGGUCGAGGAUGGAGCUUGUCGCACUGGCUUGUGCUCGCCAUACUGGCCCUCGUCGCUCAGCUGGUCUUGAUCGGUCAAAUUUCCUUCGACGUCUCCUCUGCCGUCAAGCUUGAGGGGCUCUUUGAGUUGCAGUCGGGACUCCGAAAGCUCCUCACGCUCCCGCAGCUGCUGAACACGAGCAGCAUGUGGACUGAGAGGAAGAGGAGGGCUUCGAACGAGACUUACCAACACCUGCUGCAGCUGCUUGAAGGGUGCGGAGAUCUGUGCGAUCUGGCAGAUCGGCUGCAUCAGGAUGUCGACAAGGUGGCCAUGAACUGUACGAUGUUAUACACAAAGUCCAUCGAUCCGCCGAAGCUGUCAAGGAGCAACUCCGUGCACCAGCUCGUGUGGAGAUACUUCAGCCACUUCGGCAAAGUCACCAUCGACCCCAGACUGAUCAUCUCUCCUUACAUCGGAGGUCUGCGUCAGGUGCACGGUGUGGAGCUGGGGAGAAGGACGAGGAGGUGGAGCUCCGACAAAGUGCAGCGGCUGAUCAGCCAGUGUGAGAAUACGAAUGCUGCCAGCUCCUCCAUGCUAGCGUUCAGGCGGGCGCUGAAGCACAUGGGGAACGUAACGGGAAGACACCUGCUGGUUCUGAGCUCAGGGGAGCCUUGGCAGGAAGCGUGUCUGCUCGCAGCUGGAGCCAGGAGCGUCUGGAGGGUCGGGCAUGGGCGAGUGGAGAGCAUGCAUCCCCGACUAGUCGCUCUCACCCACCUGGAGGCCAACGGCCUGUACGCGCAAGGGAAGCUCGGUCCCUUCGAUGGGGUUGUGAGCUACAACGAGCUGCAGCAUGAAGGCUAUGGCGAAGUGAUCAACCCUAUCGCGGACGUCCUCAUCAUAGGCAGGUCUUGGUGUGUCAGCAGGCCGUCGGCAGAGCUCUUGCUGUCGGUGCCGACAUGCGCCAUGGAUUACAUUCACUGGCGGGAUCACCGAUGCUACGGCAAGAGGAUGCUGCAGAGAUUAACGGGAUACUGGAAGUCCCUGUCGACCAGCAGGAGCACGGUGACUUGUGAAACCUGA